GCCACCCGCCCUCAGUCCGCCGUCACGCACCGCCGCGAUCACACGUCAGCACGGCUGCUGCACGCCGGCCGCACGCGCGCGAUUCGAAUUUCGAACGUAGUGCACGAAACUCCGCGACCGGUUCCCGCAGCCGAUCAGUGACACCUCUAGUGUUGUGUGACUUGCAGUGAAACUCAGUGCAGCAUGUGCGAGUGAUGGAUUACUCCGCCGCCGUCGAUCUGUGACGGGUUUCGGAUCCCGUGUAUGCCCAGGCGCCGGUGGUCGCGCCAGUAUGCGCGCUUCCGCGGUGCUCGUCGCCCUGCUAGGGUUUCUGCCCCAGGUGCUGACGUCCGGUUCUUUCGAGCUUAGGAUAAAAAGUUUCACGAACUCAUUAGGUAGAUUAAGUAGUGGGCAGUGCUGUGAUGGUUCCUCAAGUAGUGAUGCGCCGUGUUUGGCGCCGUGCAGGACUAAAUUCCGCGUGUGCUUAAAAAUUUACCAAGCGAAUAUCGACACCACAUCACCGUGCACUUUCGGUGACAUCACUACCCCUGUGCUCGGUGGAAACUCCUUGGACGUGCCCAACAUUAACGUGCAAGGAUUCACCAAUCCCAUCGUCUUCCCCUUCGAUUUCACGUGGCCGGGCACCUUCUCUCUGAUAGUCGAAGCGUGGCAUGAUUCGAACGAAACGUCAAGAUCAGAUGAUACGCUCAUUGCACGGAUGACGAAGCAGAGUAUAGCCGACGUCGGAGGCCCGUGGAUCGAGGAGGACCAGCGGUGGGGUGGUGCGGGAGGGGUGCAUCUGAAGCUUUCCUACCGAGUGACUUGUGCGGCGCAUUACUACGGGCCAGGCUGUGAGGUGCUCUGUAGGCCGAGAGACGACGCCUUUGGUCACUACACCUGUUCUCCAACCGGCGAAAUCGUUUGCAAGCCUGGAUGGACCGCCCAAUACUGCUCGAAACCGAGAUGCCUGCCCGGCUGCGACGCGGAGCACGGCCACUGCCUCAAGCCCGACGAGUGCAUAUGCCACUCCGGCUGGGUGGGCGAGCUGUGCGACAAGUGCGAGCGGCACCCCGGCUGCGUGCACGGCACCUGCUCCAAGCCCUGGGACUGCAUCUGCGAGGAGGGCUGGGGCGGCCUGUUCUGCAACCAGGACCUCAACUACUGCACCAACCACAAGCCGUGCCGCAACGGCGGCGUGUGCCACAACACCGGCCAGGGCAGCUACACGUGCGUGUGCCCGCCCGACUACACCGGGCCCGACUGCGAGAAGUCGCUGCACUCGUGCGCCGUGCGCCCGUGCCGCAACGGCGGCGCCUGCGUGCCGGACGAGGGCGGCGAGCUGGCCUGCGCCUGCCCGCCGGGCUACGACGGCGCGCAGUGCGAGACGCGCCGCCUCACGUGCGCCGACCGGCCGUGCCGCAACGGCGGCGCGUGCGAGCCGCGCGGCACGGGCUACGCGUGCCGCUGCGCGCCCGGCUUCGCGGGGCCCGACUGCGAACUGGAGGCCGACCCGUGCGCCGCCGCGCCGUGCCGCCACGGCACGUGCACGCGCGCCGGCGACGGCUUCCAGUGCGCGUGCCGGCCCGGCUACCGCGGCAACCGCUGCGAGAUCGACAUCGACGACUGCGCCGGCGUGGUGUGCGAGCACGGCGGCACGUGCGUGGACCUGGUGGACGGCCAGCGCUGUCAGUGCGCGCCCGGCUUCCUCGGGCCGCGCUGCGCCACGCGCGUCGACCUGUGCCUGGCCAAGCCGUGCGCCAACGGCGGCGAGUGCCUGGUGCUGGACAACGACUACGAGUGCCGCUGCCGGCCGGGCUUCGCGGGCAAGGACUGCAGCGUGGACGUGGACGAGUGCGCGUCGGCGCCGUGCCGCAACGGGGGCACGUGCCGCGACCGCGUGGACGGCUACCACUGCGCCUGCGCGCCGGGCUGGGGCGGCAAGGCGUGCGCCGUGUCGCUGGCGGAGUUCGCGGCCAAGCCGGCCGGCGGGCACCUGCGGCGGGUGGGCGACGAGGCGCCCGAGGAGAGCCUGAGCGGGCGGCACGUGGCGCUGAUCGCGGCGCUGUCGGCGGCCGUGCCGGCGGCGGCGCUGGCGGCGGCGGCGGGCGUGGCGUGCGUGCGGCGGCGGCGCAAGCGCGCGGCGCACGCGGCGGACGCGGAGGCGCGCGCGCAGAACGCGGCGAACGCGGGCGGCGGCGGGCGCGUCAUUCGCAACACGUGGGGCAAGUGCGAGGCGCCCGCGCCCGAGUGCCAGAACGCGCACAACGCGGCGGCCGAGGAGUGCAAGCGCAAGACGCUCAACACGGAGAGCGCCGCGCGCCUGCUGGCCGCGCUCGACCCGCGCCUGUCGCGGCUGUCGGCCGACUCCGCCUACUGCGCCAACAGCGACACGUCGCUAGUGAAGCGCGCGCUGGAGGGCGGGGGGGUGUACGUGCUCGACGACCAUUGCCUGCCGCCGACGUUCGCGACGCAAGUGUAGUGCUAACAGACGCGACAAUGGACAUUAACUUAUUAUUUAUUCACAACGGACGCUCGUGCGAUUCUGGCUGUGCGCCGCGUGUACAUAUAGCGUAAAGUGUAAAGUGACCCUGUAUAGACGGCUAGAUUAAGUAUUCGGAUAUUUAUUUGAGCGCGAUCCGUACGCCCUGUACAUAAUAAUGGCCGAUCGGAUCGCUUUUCCACCCUUUAUCGGCAAGCGUCGCCCGAACUGCAUAGUGUAUGCAACGAACCCCAUUCUAUAACAUUAAAAUCUUAAUUAUUCACAUGCAAAACGAACCGUUAAGAUUUCAAUGUCAUAGAUAUAGGGGAAAUAAACCUGCAUAUAUUCUGUUUCAUAGAUUCGAAAUUUGAAUAAAACAUUCGGAUUCGAAAUUUGAAAUGGGUACGCCUUUCACUGAUGUGAGCUGAACACUCGUAAAAUGGACUCUAGUGUUGUGAGUUAGGGUUGUGUUCGGUGCCGGGUGAGGACCGCGCUUGCUGUGGGGUAGUGGACCGCGGUCCACUGUCUGCGAUCUCUGUAGGUAACGGUGAAGCGGCGCGCGCGGUCUCGGUCCGCCGCGCGGUCCGCGACAUGGACCCGAUACUGGACACCACUAUUGCUAUCACUGACUCUUUUACCAUAGACAAUUUUUUACUUCUCUAUUUUUUUAUGUUUCUAUUUUUAAAUGUAUUAUUUAAUUUCUUUUCUUUUAUAUUUUAAUAUUCUUUUUUUAAAUAUGCUGAAUUACAAUUUUGUGAUAAGCAGUAAUUGGUCGUCAGUAUCGGUUUAUGAUGUUCACACUCCGCUGUCCCUCUUUUAGACUCGCACCAGUAUGAAAACCAAAACGUGCGUUAAAUAAGAUUUUUUAGACUAAUUGAAAAAAAAAAUAACGCAAAUUUAGAGCGUUUAUCUGUUUUUUUUUACAUUGAUUAAUUAUUUUGUGAUUGACUAAUUGUUGUCAUUGUUCCUAUGAUUAUGAUUGUUAAUUUAACACUUUGUAAAAAAUCUUGUUCCGGUUUUUUUGAAAAUCGUCAUAGAUUUUUUUGCACUCACGCCUUUAUAACUAUUGUUAUAUGUAUGAAAUUUAUGGAAAAAAAACACGUUCCUCGAUCCGAGCGCCAUCUUUGCCCCCUUCACAUUUGUGUGGAGGGGAUGAAAAUCGCUUUCGAAUCUCACAAUAAAUUAACAACGCACGUAAAUUAGACCAUAGGAUAAAAAUAAUUUGUGUACUUAUAAGAAACAAAUGUCGAAACCUAAGUCAUUGUGUAUAAAAAAAACCUAUUAAGUUUUAGCUUUGUAAGUAUAUUCUCCAUUACUUUGGUAAGAGUACUGUGACAAUACAGUGGUGUCAUCAGGCAACAUAGGACUCGAUAUUAUUGCAGUUUGUUUUAAUUUAUUUAUUUGUAUGCGUCCAGGGCCCUGAUUCUUUGUCAGUGAUCGCUCGGAAACACUAUUUGUGAUGUCAAUGAAGACAUGUGUGACGUCACAAAUUUUGCGAUUCAUUCAUUCAUACAGAAUCAACGGCCCAUUGCACGGAUUUGUUGCGUUUUGCCGACGAGCGGCCAUGACACUUCGCAUAUUCUGACUUGCGGACGAAUGUGCGACGCGCCGUCGUCGACUCGUCGUGUGAAGCGACUUUAUGGUAAAUUACCGUUUAUGCAGACAUGUAGAUAUUAACUUUAUAAGUGGUAGGGUGUUACCUCUUAUGUUGCCUUUUGCGCUCUAUAGAUUAAUGAGGGUUAAACGACAAAAUUGUAAAAUUUAUAUUAAAAACUAUGAAUAGACUGAUGAUCAAUAAUAAUGUUCUUGUAUUUAAUUUUUGUAAGAUGACAAAAUGUAAGAUUAAAUUAUGUGAAAUAAGGAAGAAACAUUGCCAGCAACAACAAUCAUAUAGUACUUAAAUUGAUCACAGUUGCUUGUUUGCCCACUUUCAUUUUUCUUUUUGAGAACAUUUUGUAUAUUUUUUUUAAUUAUAUUAAAAUAUGCGGUAAUAAAAUAAUUCGUUCCGAAACCAAUAAAAUGACAGUAUUUUUAAUUUAUUUAUAUAUAAAUGAUGAAAACAAUUAUCGUGAAUUACUUUUUAAUUUUAUUGAAAAAUCAUUGUUUAAUUAUUAUUUUUUGAACUCUGUUUACACUUGACUGAAGCGAAAUUUUGUCUUCUUGGUAUGUAUCGUGGACACAUUUUAACUAGAUCAUGAAUAUGCAUUUAUAUUUAGGUGUGAGUAUACUGAAACGUGAGAAAUAAAAAACAUUCAAAUCAUUCCAUUUCUCGUAAGUGACUAUCAUAAACUUAAAAAAAAUGAUUUUUUUAUCUUUUUAUUUUUCUAUGUUUAUUUUGCAUGCGAAACAAGUGAUUUUUUAAUUAUAAUAUUAAAUUAUAUUCUAUUUUUUUGAUUGGACAAUAUUUUUAUUAUAUUGUCUCUUUUAUCUUGUGAUUUUAGUAUAUUCACAUUUUUUCGGAUUCAAAAGAAAAAUGAAAGAAAAAUCCUAAUAAGUAGAUGGGAAAUGUAAAGAUUUAUUCCAUAGAUCCUAUCAGAGCAUAAAAGUCAUUGUAAAAUGUGCUGCGGUGAUAUUAUUUGCCAGCGUGCAGUGUGUAUGCGACGAAUGUGUAUUAUUAUGAGCAGCGAUGCAAGGAGAAAUAAAAUGUUAAUAAACAAUUGUUUACAAAAGAUUAAAAA